GCAUAUAUAAAAGACGGUGUGUUGCCGAGGCGCCAGUGACACUGCAACAGACUGCGGAGAGAUUCUUUCACUUUUGUUGGCUGAGGAACCAUAGCCAUGAAUUUCACUUUUAAGGUUUCCGUCAUUUUGAUGAUGGCAGUACUGGUGAUGUUGGUAGUGCAGAGUAGCGGCGCCCAACGUCCGUAUGGGUAUCCACCGAUGCCAUAUGAAUUCCGGUACGGCGUCCAAGACAAGUACAAUGGGAAUGACUAUGGACAUGAGGAGCAGAGCAACGGCGAUUCGGUGACGGGCCGGUACUAUGUCCUACUGCCAGAUGGUCGCCGGCAGAUCGUCUCGUACACGGCGGACCACCAGAGAGGCUACAUUGCUACCAUCACUUAUGAAAAUACUGGUAUUCAUCCUGGUACACACGGAGCUGGAGGCAACAUGUACGGAUAACUUGCCGUAUAUUUAUGUUACAAACGAAAAGGCUGUUGACUUGCUCUAUAUUUAUUAUUAUUUUUUUUUUUUGUUAGUAUUUGUUGAUGUAUGUAUGAAAUGUUUUGUUUCCCCGUCAAGAAUAAUAAUGAAUUAGGUGCGCUGCUGGCGGCGUUCUUGCAUGAAAGACUAUAAUCAUCGUCUCUGUUAAAGUAUGAAAGUCCAAUUUCAAGGAUUGAAUACAUUAACCUGUUACAGCUAUCGUGCCAGUAGUUUGUAAGGUGGCAAAUUUCAAAUCUCAAGUUAAAGAAAUAUCUGUGUAUUUACCAUGACUUCAUUUUAAUUCCACCAACCAUUCUGCUUGAUGUAGGAUAAAUAUUUGUUGUGUGUAGUGCUUUCUGGUUAAAAAUGAGCAACAGACUUGACGCUGACAAUAUCAUAAUUGCAUUAGGAAAACACCAGUCAAUAUUUUACAAAAAUUCUGAGCAUCAAUGAUAGUUUGGUUGGUAUUGUGAUAGCGGGAUAGACUUGUUACUAAAAAAAUACUGCUUUGUAAUCUAGUGUAAAAAUUUUCCUGGUGUAGAAAACAAUACUGUAAGCAUUAAACUAAACAGUGAUCCAUCCAUGCAUUUGGUGGCAACAACACAAAUUUACUAACUUUUCACAGUAAAUUCUGACAUCUAUACGUACGUCAUUGAUGUAAGAAUGAACAGUAGAAUUUGUAGUAGAUAAACUGAAUCUUGUGAGUAUUAGUAGGAUUAUUUUGACAGGGAACAUUGUAGUCGUUGAAAGUUAUUCCUUUUAGCAAGCUUGUAACCGAGAUAGAGUGAGUGGCGAGGUGCUGAUCUAGUCCUUUAGUUAUGACUGUAUAUUCCUUGGUUAUGACAGACGUCUCGUUAACUUUGAAAGUAUGGGUUUCACUUUUUUAUACAUUUAUGAUUCUUAUAACUUUGAUUUGUUCAUUUUAUGCAAAAAGACUUUGUUACAAUAAACUUUAGAAAAUGCAGUAUAUUGUAGCUAAUAUAGUUUAUUACUUAAAAUAUGAAUAUUUUGAGAAAAUUGUGCCAUAAGGCUUGACAGAAUAAACAUUUUGAAGUUUA